AGUCGUUUUCUUUCGGAGGGACAAUCACAAACUGGAUCGUUUAUCCGGUUCUGCUUCUGUCAUCGAGAUGAAGAAAAACAAUAACGCGUGACAAUGUAGUUCCUUCGACGAGAUCGCUCAUCGUUGUCCUGCUUCUUCGAAGGCGAAGUCCGAAGGUGAAGCAGCGUUGCAGUGUGUUGUGCGGCAGCAAGAACUCCAACUGCGACAUUCGUUCUUGUUGAGCAGAAUUCAUCUACAUCUCCAGUAGUUGGAGACACGCUUGCCACGCACUAAUAUCGACGCAAGACCACAACACAACUUCUUCGUGGGUGCAUUUACUACUUAUUUUCUCCGGCUCUGACCAGGUCUGACUUCUUGUGCCGGCUUCAUCAUGCCACCGUCUCUUCCCCGUCCUGGUCGUCUUGAGGAGCAGAACGACUUUGCUGGAGAUCCGCACUGCUCCACCACAAAAAUUAUCGUUCCAGUGAAUUUCACGGGCACUACAACGUCCGUGCUGGGAACGGUAGGCGAAACGACCGGAGAAGAAGUAGUUGCGACCACACCGCAAGAUGAUGAACCUCGCGUUUUCACAAUCAAGACCGGUUCUCUGAAGACACUUGGUGGCGGUUCCAUAAGUGUGGUCGGCGGAACGAUAAAUGUGACGAAUAUUCCUACGGCUCCUGCGAGCCUGGUCCCGGCGAGCGUUGAUACGGCGAAAGACGCGGGUGCAGAAAAGGUGAUCCCGAGUGCGGCUAUGGGGGAGUUGGCCGCGACGGCCGCGAGCGAAAAUCGCGAAACGCUUGAGAGGCUGAAUCUUAACAAGGUCUGUUCCAAGGCACCAGAGGUACAAGUGGAUACAAUUAUUUCACAGGAUUUCGUGUGAGGAGUCAGUGUCUUGCUCUUGACUCUAGGUGAUGGACUGUCGAUUCUUGAUGCUGGGCUGUCAACGACGAUGCCGUGCUUUUCACGACACUCCUGAACGCUGGUGAGUGCCAGUUUUUCGUAUUCAUUGAAUCAAUCUCAUUGUAGUAUGUAAGGUAGCUUGUUCCACCGAAGAACGUGACCAUGAACACAUGCAAACUCAGGAGCUCCUGUUGGUCCCGGACAAGGAACCUGCUAAUAUGGCUACCAGUUUAAUCUCGCCGAAGCAGGCCCGCAAGGAGGACGCAAAGGCUGCACUGAAAGAAAUAGAAAGUGAAGAUGACCAAGAACCAGGGCAGCACCUGUACCAGACGAGGGAAGAACGAAAGGGUGAACUCUUGUUGCUCGUGGACGAUACCGACGCAAACACUUUCACUUCGUCUUUGAAUGCAGCAUCGACGUCGCACCACCAGCUCCGAGUACAAGAUCAAGGCGAGAAAGUAGAGGGCGAGCCAGUAGAAGAAGCACCAUCUCCAUCGUCUGCCGCCGUCGACCUCGAUGUGAGCGUGAGCAUGUCCGCGAAGAACGAGCUGUACAAUUUUUUGAAAACCUGUGCAGCCGAUAGGAAACCUGACAUCUCCGACGGCGAUAUUCAUGCCGCAUCUUCAUCUACUGCAAAAUCUAGAAACGAAAGCGCUGCCGGCCCGGCCGAGCAGCACGCCACCGGCGCCGCAGUGGAAAGCGACAGAAUGGAAACUAACGCACUUGAUGCAGAGGAUGAGGCAGAAAAUGAAGACGAUCCUGAGCUGUAUCACACAAAAAAAUGUCUAGCGUGCAAGCAUAUUAUUAAUAUUAUCUUCAGUGUGCAUUAUUUACAAUGCAAAAAUAAAGGUAAGCUUAAACACACAGUCUCCGUCACAGAGUCCAUGCAUAGCUGAAACAGGCUGCUACGGCGAGCGAGCUCCUGGAGACAACGAGAUCUCUUUGUCUACUUAUUCUUCACCGCUCAUCUAUGCAAGUUAAAAAGCCCAAAGCUUAAACUGCACGAGCGCUUUUCUGUGUGAUAAUGUCCUGAAACAGUUGCAAGAGAUGGACGCACUUCUCCCGGACAAUAUUUUCGACGAGAAUGGAGACGAGGACGACGCGGAAGCAGCUGCGCAUUAUGUAUACGCAUUUUACGGUUUACGCACUGCAAAAACGUCGAGGUCUGGAAGAGUGGUCCGGAAAUUUGUCAUGCAUUUUGAUUUUUUGACCACUAAAACGGGCGGUGUUUCUCCAGACCUUGGUGGUGACCGGUUGAGACACCGAUCGCCAGCUACUUACAAGCAGCAACAUAGAUAGUUCGUUAAACAGUCACUCGCUCGCCUGAAGAAGCGAACACACGAUUGAUUUUUUGGACAACGCAAUCUUCUGGGCUCUGUUUGAAAUUUAUGCGGAGGGGGCUAUCAUGACUGACAAGUUGUACGUUUGCACGUGUCAAGAAUGGGCCCCCGGAACAAUUACUGGCUUGCCGGGCAGUCAAUUUAACUUUACGCAUCAUAUUAAGUUUGCAGCACGUUUCCAGACCCAGGCAUGUUGGCAAUGCAUACGCGGCGGCCGCAUUCUUGGAUCCUUCCUCGCCGGUCGAUCUCAAGGCUGGUGCACAUAUUCCGGUAGAAGAGGGGAUGGACGAUGAACACGAUAUCAAGAAAUUGAACGACGCUGAUGGUGAUGUCCAGCAUGAAGUAGAAAGCGAUGUGCUAGGUGCGAUGGAGCGGACGGAAACGGAGACCAUGGGAAAGCAAGCUGAACAAGAUGAAGGGACAAGCAAAACCAAUGCCAAACGCCCGCGAUCCCGAUCGCGAUCCAAACAAAACGAAAACCAAAAAGGAGGUAAGCCCAUGGCCAUGUGAAUGCGGCUCAACUUUUUUUCAACGUGAAUGUUUCUAGUUGCUCUUGCGACGUAGACUUUAUGAGUGCGCAUGUAAAUGUUGGUGUUGGGUACCUAAAUAGAUGUACUAACACCGCUGUUGUUUAUUUUGCGACAGAUGAGGACGGUAAGCUUCACCUUUUCCUUUCUAAACCAAAAACCAACAAUACCAAACCAAUAAUUAUCUUGCACUGAUGAAGGAGAAAUAAAAUCUCCAGAUGAAGUUCCUGUGACUGACUCUUUGCUUCUGCUCACCGCUCGCGAGAACGAAGACGUGGACACCUUCAUGACGGAAGAUGUUGACGCAGAUGCACACCAACAUGAGCCUGCGACAAAGAGCCAGAAAAAGGCUGUGGAGGAGGUGGACAAGGUCAAGGAUAGGGAGUUCGAACGUAGUCACGAGAGCAACAGAGCUUCCUUCUACCCCUUGCUGCGCGCGACCUUUUUCAGAGGACCCAGACUGCGUCUGGAGCGGAUCGAGGCAAGGACGCAUCUCGUGAACUACACGGCGGCGGGAAAGUACAAGACGUCGGAAUGGCUCGGGCAGAAGAUCAAGGACGAGCUUCGCUUUACCUGCGCGGAGCUCAGCGCCGAAAAGCAGUUAACGGCGGGCGUCCCGCAGUUUUUUGUCACCGGGGAAAUGGCUUUGAUCGACAAGAUCGUAGAAGAAGCAAACGAGCAAAUCUUCCAAAAGGCAGUGGCCGCAUUGGAAGUGAUACCCAGUGCAAAAGCAUCGCACUCGUUCAAGAGGUCGCUGUGGUCCUAUCGUAUAGUUACUAAUUGCGGCGAACUUCCUUGGAAAUUAAUGAGUAAGAGAGCACAAGUUUGCGUGUUGACGUCACAGAUUGCGAAAUAAGUAGUAGCUGGUGACAAGUUAGCAUGAGCAGGCAUCGGGCAUGCGUACGAUUGACUAUCUUCAAUUCCUACGAGUGCGAUGGAUAGUUUUGCACUGGAUAAAACGUCACAAGCAAGAACAUCACAGCUGCAGGAUUGCCGGAAGAAAAGCAACAGGAGGAACUGGCAAGUUUCUUCUCUGCGAUACCGAUCACCAAAGCACCAAAUAAGAGCAAAGGGAACUCUCACUCUGCAAACUACGAUUUCGAGUACGGCACCUACCUGAUCGCGGCUUUCCAGCAGGAUCGUCGCGAUCACGAAUCGGGAAGUACUGCGGUCGGAGAUUCAUCACAGGAGGUCGAGUUUCUUUCGGACAACUUCCAAUCUGCAUUCGACGGCGGUCGCCUGGCCGCAAAGAUAAACGCAGCUGAAAUAUGCGAUGUAAAAGCCCGUGCCGGUGCCCCCCUUCACCAUGGAUUUGCAUAUGUUUCAUCUAACAAUAACAAACUCGUUCUAAAUUUGCGAAUGUGCAACGUAUCAAUCACUUGCUUCCCGUGUAGUUAUCGUGCUCGUGGUUGAUGGCCUUGGUCACAUGGUAAAGGAAAUGUGAUUGUGGCUCCCGCCGAGGCAGGUUUUCAUUGCACACGAAUCUGCGAAGAACGAUGCUGGAGAAAAAAUAACCAACCCGGUGAAUAAACAGAACAGCAUACCAAAAAAAAUUCUGCGCGUUCCCACUCCCAUGAAGAAGAUGAAGAUACAAGGCAAGUCCAGUGCUAGUUCUUCUUCGACGUGUAACACUAGCAGGAACAGCUCCUCGUCGUCGGCGACGUCUAAGAAAGCCGACAAGAUGAAGAAAAGCAAAACCAAUCAAGCCAAGGCUUCAUCCGCAGCUAGCAAGAAAACUGCCGCUGUCUUUGGACUGAAGAGCAACGACGCCGAUUUGAGUGAGAAAGUGACGAACACCACGGCCACCGCCGUAUCUGGGCAGGGCUCGUCGUCCUUGUUGAUCAACAAGAAUCCGACUUCUACUGACACCAACGCCACUACCCUGAAAGGACUAGAAGUUUCUGGACAUGAGAAGAACACAUCGACAUCCGAAGGUGCAGCUGGUGUCCUCGCAGGAGAACAGGGAGGACAAGAGCGUGAAGGACUGGCUGCUGGUCAAGGUAAACCAGAAGCUUUGAGGUUUUACCCCUCGAUCCCAAUGAAAAUCAUUAAGGCCAAAAUGGGGCGCGGACGGCCGAAGAAGACUGAUAUUGCUGGCGCAGCUGCAACAUCUUCUACUAGUUCUAGCUCCAAGACAACACUAAAGCCGGCUUCCAAGUCUUCAUCGUCCUCAGCAAAUAACUCCAAGAGCGCGCCGAUGGGUGUGCAGCAGGGAGGGGAGGUGGAAAUAAAAUCAGGAGGCGCUACGUCUUCUUCUGGCUCCGGCUCCGGGUCCAGCAGCAGGAAGGUUGUCACGUCUAGUACGGUUUUCGAGGAUCAACAAAAAUCCGGUUCCUCGUGGUCUUCAAGUGCUGCGUCCUCCUCCUUCGACGCGAGAGUGGCCAAGGUUGCUGCAGCAUCUUCCACCGGUUGUACCGGUAAACAUUACAACUCGAAUAAGGACAGUUGUUCCACCAGUUGGAUGAAGAAGUAGAACACUUCUUCAUCCAACUGGUGGUCGAAGGCUUUUUUCUUGCUUCUCGCAUUUAUGUAAAAAAAACUAAGUCAUUUGAAUCUCAUUGAUUCCAAUGCUUUCUGCAAAGAAAUCGAGCAGGCUAUUCUUCCUGCGUACAUAUCAUAGUUGCAGAUGAUGAAUAGAGGGCAGUUUCUUUUUUUAUAUUUUUUGGUCAGCUGCAAGAGCGGCUAACCUCAACAAGUGCAGACCAUGCCCAUGCACAGCUGGUUGUGCAAUUUUUCAUAUUACAGUGAAAAGUGCCCCCACCCCUCAAAUUGCAAAAAUUUGUGAUGCGAAGUUUCCAAAUGAAACCUUUUUGUCAUGCAUGAAAGGAGUAUAAAUCUUUCUGAUGCAGAGUCUAGGCGUGUAUCGCAUCGCUUGCAUGACAAGCGCCGCUCUUGCUGGGGUCUUUUGCAAUACAAAUUUUCGCUAUUCACGAUUGGAAAUCUGUGAUGCUGAUAGGUGCAAGAGGGCGAAUGUUUCAUUUGGAAAGGUUUGCAAUACAAAUGCUUUCAAGUUCGGGGGUGGGGGCAUUUUUCAUUCUGAUAUUUCCAGAUUUUUCACUAGAAGAAAUUAAUGAAUCAAGGGGCGCAAAAGUCGCUCACGGAAAGAAAUCAAUACUGUUAGGCUUAGAAUCGUAAUGCCCAGGGUAAAAUAAUGGAAUUCAAGUGUGUUUAUGUUUUAGUUUUUUUUCCAAGAAAAAAUACUCAGCAGCAGCAACAAUAUAGCAUGGCCAUACGAACACGAACAUCAAAGAAACAGCAGUCACUCAUAUUUUUUUUUGAUGGAUGUUGGUGUUGCAUGGAUAGUGGCACAGUAUGUCAAAAUUGAAACUCACACUCAAAUUAUAUUUUUUUUUGCCGCAGAAGAUUGCGACUACAUUUAACAUGUUGCUGCAGAGUCGGAGGCUUUUGAAAGAUACUACAUGUUGACUUUGUCACACACACGCAUGAUUGCGAAACGACAAGCGAUCGAAAAGACGAGAAACCCAAAUUUGUACUUCAUUCUCAAACUCAACAUUCAACAACGUCAACGCUGUGAACAAUCACAAAGAAAAACGCG